CAACGCGUUGGCCAAGUUGUUGCUGCUCUCAAGUCGCAUCCGCUAAAAAACAUAAAUAUAUAUACAAAAAUAUAUAUAUUAUAAUAUACGCUUGUAUUUAUUUGCGAGAUGUUGUCGAAUUCGUUUAACCAAAGAGCGCUGAACUAAUAGAAUUAAAAAUUAAUAAACCUGCACAAAUAAGGAAAUUGCUUUUUAAACGCUGAACAUUCAAAACGAACGGAAUGCCGCGCUUUUAGAGCAUAUUGCGCAUACGACACGUCGAGCGCCAGGAUAAGCAAACAUAUUGUUGCGAAAAAACUUGUGCGUGCAGCUAUUCGAGGGCCAUAAAUUGUUUUUGUUGCACACACACACACUGCUUAGCUGUUGUGCCCCGGGUGUGUGUGAGUGCGUGUGUGUGUGUCUAUUCUGACCGUGUGUGACACAUAGUAAAUAAACGCAAAUAACGGCGACAUGGAUAUUGUCAUACGUGAGGAGGAGCUAUCGCUGACGCAGAUUGGCGUCUAUGCCUCUGUAUCCUUUCUGGUGGUGUCUGCGGUGGGCGCGGCAUUGUACACCACCUGCUCGAAACGCUACCGUCUCAACUGGUUUGAGAAGAAUUUACUGGAAUCGGCCAGCGAGAAGGACGAGGAGCAGCAGAGCCGCGAGGCGCUGGUUGCCGGCGCCGUGGGCUACAAUGUGGACAAUUUGCAUGAGGGUGUGCCGCGUGUCAAGCUGGGCCACAAUAAUGCGGGCAACCUGAGCCCCACUUCGCUCAAGUCGGAGGAUGCCGAUCCGGCCUUUUGGGUGCCCGCCACGGUGACAUCCUCGACGGCGGCCGUGCAGCAGCAGGUCUCGAAUACCACCGAGGAAUCGGCACCGCCCACGCCCACUUCGCCCACAGGUAGCCUAAAAUCGAACACACUCUCCCUCUGCUCGACCACAUCGGUGCCCAUUGCCCGCUCCGAUAAGCACGUGGUGCUGGCCAUGCAUCCCAGCCGGCCGCGUGUCUCCUCCAUGAACGCCAAGCUGGAUCAUACCAAAAUCGACAUGACUCUGUACCGCAGCCAUACGCAGCCGAAGCCCGUGUGGCCCGCCGCGCCGAUCAACGAGGUGCGUGGAAAUUUGCACAUUUGCCUCGGAUAUGAUCCGGUUGGUGGUUUGCUCAAUGUGCGUCUCCUGGAGGCACAGAAUUUACAGCCACGCCAGUUCAGCGGCACCGCCGAUCCCUAUGCUAAGAUACGCUUGCUGCCGGACAAGAAGAACUUUUGGCAAACGCGCAUUCACAAGAAGACACUGAAUCCAGUUUUCGAUGAGCACUUUGUAUUUGAGGUAACCGCCGGGGUCAUCGACAAGCGCAGCUUGGAAAUUUUGCUCUACGAUUUCGAUGCAUAUUCACGCCACGUUUGCAUUGGCGGCACCAAGCUACAUUUGGCCAAUUUGGAUCUGAGCGAGCAGCUGAAACUCUGGACACCGCUGACAUCGGCCUCGGCACAGGACAUGAAGGUGGAUCUAGGCGAUAUAAUGGUCUCGCUGGCUUAUCUGCCCUCGGCGGAGCGUUUGAUGGUGGUGCUAAUAAAGGCACGCAAUCUACGCAUUGUGGACGAUGCGCGCAACUCCUCGGAUCCGUAUGUGAAGGUCACCUUGUUGGGACCGGGCGGCAAGAAGCUAAAGAAACGCAAGACGGGCGUGCAGCGCAAUACCGUUAAUCCGGUCUUUAACGAGGCAUUGGCCUUCGAUGUGGGCAAGGAGACGCUCAAGAAUUGUGUCCUAGAAUUCAACGUGGUGCACGAUGGCCUCCUCGGUUCCAGCGAAAUAUUGGGUCGUGCUUUAGUUGGCAACUCGCCUGAGGUGCAGCACGAGGAGAAGAUUUUCUUUGAGGAAAUGUUUCGGGCCAAGAACGCAACAGCUCAGUGGGUAUCGCUGCAGGAGCCGGUCAACAACUUGAGUGCCACAGCCAAGACAACAACCAAAAAUUAGAAUCCACAGAAGGCGCUGUGCUUUGCCUGUUAAGCUUUCUGUUAUGCUUAACAGACAACUGUUGCGCCUAGCAUUAACAGAGCAGACCUCCCCCCUCCAUUCCACUCCCCCCACAUACAUUUCAACAAGGAGUUCAUGUGGCUAAGAAAUUUUCUGGGAAUUUGCAGGGAUACAUUUAAGAAGGAUGCUGAGCGCGUUUUCAAAAUAUUCAAAACUAUUCAAGCAUAUAAAUAAAUAUAUUUAUGUGUAUAUACAGUACGAUCUCGAUAAGGCGAACCAGGCAGUGUUUGAAAAAAAUAUGUGUGAAAUCUAGAAGGGGAUAUAUUUAGUUCCCAAAUAA